AUGUAUAGACACAUGUAUACUGGAAUGCUGCUGCUGCUAAGUCGCCUCAGUCAUGUCCGACUCUGUGUGACCCCAGAGACGGCAGCCCACCAGGCUCCCCCGUCCCUGGGAUCCUCCAGGCAAGAACACUGGAGUGGGUUGCCAUUUCCUUCUCUAAUGCAUGAAAGGAGAAGUGAAAGUGAAGUCGCUCAGUCGUGUCUGACUCUUAGCGACCCCAUGGACUGCAGCCUACCAGGCUCCUCCAUCCAUGGGGUUCUGCAGGCAAGGGUACUGGAGUGGGUGCCAUUGCCUUCUCUGAGACUGGAAUACUACUCAGCCAUAAAAAGAAACAACGCCACUUGCGACAACAUGGAAGGACCUACAGCUAGUCACACUGAGUGA